CCCCGCGCUCCCCAGCCCCGCUCGCACAGGAAAGCCAGGCGCGCUACCUCUGCUUCGGGUCUCUCCGAGGCCGCCAUGGCCAGCACUUUCCAACUCCGUGACCUCCGACCUCGUGACGCACCAACCCGGAAGAGGAAGCAGCGCGCGCGUGAAUAAGCCGCCGUCCGCGGGAGGCUUUCUUUAUAUCGCGGUCUCCGGUCUCCGUCACUAUGCAGGUGAAAUAAGCGGGCGGGGUUAGUGGGUCGGCGGCGCGGGGGCCUUUGGGGACCGCAUCUUUCUAGUUCUAGCCUAGUAGUCUAGCUGAGGAACCUCUCCCUCCCUUAGUUUACCUUGUUUUCCUCUUCCUUCCCUGCCCUCUUUCCCUUGUCCCCCCCUCCCCCAUUUUGUAAGCCUGCGGGUAGGGACUGGCUUGUUUUAAUGCAUUGCCUUUUUGGCUGAAGAGCGGGGGGAGGGUACAAAUGCUCUUUUCACAGUAAUAAUAGUGAGAAUGCUCUUCUGCAGAGAUUGGGCAGGCGUAGCAAGCCCUUUUCAGCCCAAGGGCCCUGUUUCCUUUUGCAGGCCUCCCGGGGGGGGGGGGCGUGCUAGUGGUGGGUGAGGAAAUGGAUGUGAUUCUUAACUGUGUGCAUAACUAGAAGCUGCGUGCUAGCCGGACGAAAGUCGGAGUUUCUGCACACGUACCUCGUGUGUCCUCCAUCCAGGCAAGCAGGAAGCAUUAUUGGGAGUUCAUUGACUCGUUGCGGGCAUGGGGGCAGGGUUGCUGAGGGGGGUGUGGCCCAAGGGUAGGUUGGAAGGCUACGCAUGGUCGCGGUGCCCGAGGUGACCCACCCCUCCUCUGGGGAAAGCAGCUGCAAAGGUGAAUAGGGUUCUUGCAUUUUUAUAACUUAAUAGGUGUGCAAGGUAUAACAGUAAGUUGCAUGCAACCCUUUCGUGAAGACGUUCUUGCCUUCAAAAGCAAGAACGUACAUGUAUAGAUGAAUUCUUUUUUUUUAUUAAAUAAUAUUUAUUAAAAGUUUAAAAGAUUACAAAAAAAGGAAAGAAAGAAAAAAUAAACAAUACAAAUCAAUACAUUGCUAUACAUAGGAAAAGAAAAAAGAAAAAACACAAUACAUCAAGACAAAAGCAAAAGGAAAAGCAAUUAAAAUUAAAAAUAAAACAAUUAAAAACACAUCCAAUAUUUCCAUAUCUUUGUCCUUCAUUAACUUGUUUUGUUGACCUCCUCACACCUCCCUUUCUUGUAUUCCACUUCAAUUUAUUGGUUCAGCAAAUCCUUACCAUUAGAUUAUAACCCAUUUAUAACCCUUUUUUUCAUAUUCUCUUAAAGCAUUACAGCUAGAAACCACUUAGUUACUAUCCAACAUCAUUCUAUCCUUCAUUAAUUUUGCAAUAUUUCUGUAAAUAGUCUUUAAAUUUCUUCCAAUCUUCUUCCACCGACUCUUCUCCCUGGUCUCGGAUUCUGCCAGUCAUUUCUGCCAGUUCCAUAUAGUCCAUCACCUGUAUAGAUGAAUUCUUAACAGUAGAAGAGGUAAAGUGGAUGCAGCAUAUUAUGAAGAGAUUGGGAAAAGUUGAAAUUCUCUUCUGUGCAAGUUUUUUAAAAGUGUUGGAGCCUUGCUGUCUUUUACAACUGAUUCGUCUUUAGCUAACAGACUAUCUGCCAACUUAAGCUUCAGAUAGCAACACUUUAACAUGAAAGUUCCAUUAAAAUGUGCUAAGGAUUGGCGUGCUAAAUUGGUGGAGUGGUAUUCGCAGUUGCAAUAGGACUCUUGGGUGGAUUUAAAUGGCAUUUUUAAAAGCUAAUUACAGUUCAGCCAUAAUGUAAAAUACGUUGGUGUAUCUUUGCUUCUUCCUGUAGGAGCUGAGAUUUUCCUCAUAAUUAGCUGCAUGCCCUAACUCACUAAUUCAUCUUAAAAUUAUUCAUAUCUUUCAUUUAUAUCCCAACUUCCCUGAUAUAACCAUGGUUAGUGUGAACCCUGGUAUAGAUAGAAGACCAAUAGUGUCUAGCAGUAAAAAGGAAAAGGGGGAAUUCAUAGGAUAUGGGGAGAGAGACAGAGGAGAAUAUGAACUCAAAGGAAAUGGAGAUCUCUUAAUCAUGGUAAGGAGAUAAAUAAAUGUUACAUGUUCCUUGGGUCCCAGAGCCUAUUAGUCAAAGUAUUAGUAAUAAUAGCAGUUUUAUUAUUUAUACCCCAUCCAUCUGGCUGUGUUUCCCCAGCCACUCUGGGUGGCUUACAGCACAUUAAAAAUGGUAAAACAUUACACAUUAAAAAAUUUCCUGAUACAGGGUUGCCUUCAGAUGUCUUCUAAAAGUCAGAUAGUUGUUUAUUUCCUUGACAUCUAAUGCAGGAGAUCUUGGGGUCCUCACUAGGCCCCAGUGGUGGAGGUGUUAGAUUCUGUUAGAUUGCAAACCACUUGAAAGAGUCUCCUCCUGCUGUUUUCUGCAGAUGCAAUAGAGGCAGUAAAGAAGGUCCUCUUCGCCAUUGCUAUCUCCACUUGGAUCCAAACUGGAUUCUGCCUUGAGCCAUGCACAAGCAGUACUCUUUAGAGAAGGAACACCACACACAGUUGGCAAUAAAGUUGUUUUAUUCAAGUGAAGACAUAAUUUAUUUCCAGCUUUUCUACAGUUUCCAAAUUUGCAUAGAUUGCUGUAUUUUUCCAUGUAUAAGACACCCCCUAUUUUUGGGGACUCCAAAUUAAGAAAACACCCUUCAGCACUACCCGUGUAUAAGAUGAGCCCCAAUUUUUAACCUAAUUUUUUUGGUAAAAACCCCCCUAGUCUUAUAUACAGAAAAAUACGGUAUAUAGAACUACAGGCUUAUUUCUGAUGUUUAUGUCAUAAAAUGUAUAUGAGUGGUAGUAAAAAAAAUUUUUAAGCCUCCAAGUGGUUUACAUAAAAGAUAAAACAAUAAAAUUUACAGUAGUUUAAAACAUACAAGAAUACUAAAAUACUAAAACAGAUUAAAAGUCACAUUAACUUUUUAAGCACCUGGGUAGGCUUGUCUAACCAAGAUUUUUUUAGCAGGCAGGAGCCAAAAAUAAUACAGUGAAGGCACCUGCUUGGAAAUCCCUGCCUAUGGUUAUCAAAUUGUGAGUGCUGCUACACUAAAUAAUCAUUUUCUUACAAAUGUGGAAUAGGUAUUAUGUGGCACCUGUAGUACUGUCAGUUCCACGAACUGAAGCUGUUGACUGAGCACAUGUGGGAUAAGGCAAUCUCAUAGGUGAGCUAGUCCCAAAUUGGUAAGGGCUUUAUAUACUAAUACUUUGAACUUGGUUGGCCCAGUAGCAAAUAGGGAACCAGUACAGAUCUCUGAGCACAGGUGUUCUAUACUGACAAGGCCGUACUCCUGGCAGCAACUUUGCUGCAGCAUUCUGCACUAACUGCAGCCUCCUGAUCAAUAGAAGCAAUAGAAUACAAUAGAAGCCCCACAGAGAGCUUAUUUCAAUAAUCCAUUCUUGAAUGCAUGAACUACUCUAGCCAGGCUUGCCAGGAACAGCUGUAGCUGUUGAACCAAUGGCUGUUGGUACAAGGCACUUCUAACCACUGAGGCUACCUGAGACUCCAGUGACAGAGCUAGAUCCAAAAACACACCCAGACUGCAAACCUUCUUCUUCAGGGGCAGUGCAACUCCAUCCAGGGUAGACAACUAACCAAUUUAUUGGAAUUGGGAACUACUCACUCACAGUUCAUCCAUCUUGCCAGGAUUCAAGCUCUCCUUGUUUUUCCUUAUCUGUUUCACCACUGUGUCCAGGCAGUGACUCAAAUACCGCUCAGCCUCUACUGAUUCAGAUUUUUGUUGGAAAAACGCCCCCGGGGAAAGGUGCCAAGCUUCCCAAGACGCCGGGGCUUCUCUCCGGUGGUCACUCUCUGGCUGGAAUUCUCUCUGAGUCCAGAGAGACCGGUAAUAAGCGACCCCUCCCUCAUGAGAGGAGCACACUCACUUCCUCCUUGCAUCUCAUCACAGAAGAAAGAGACAGUCUGUAGUCUAACAGCUACUUUAUUAAGACUGUACAAUCAUGACUGCUCUCUGAGCAGCAGAACACAGAGUCUCCGACUCGACUCUGCUUCUAUACGGAAGCGAAAGAAAAACAACACUCAGUAACUCCACCCGGUUACACUGAGAACUGGCUGAGACUUCCUGUCUCACGCUCAGAGACAUCACAUGAUGUCAACACUGUUGCUGCUCCUCGCAGCUGGUGGGAACUGAAGAAUAAGAGCUUAGUGUCAUCAGCAAACUGAUAACACUAUCCCAGAAACUCAUAGGGAUGGCUUCCAAUGGCUUAAUGUAAAUAUUAAAUAGCACUGGAGAUAAGGAUCAAGAAGCAGGAGCAAAGUUUCACUCCCCCAUCCCAUUCUGCAGAGAUCAAGGUGACCAAGGCCGACUCAGUUCUGUGGCCAGGCCUGAAUCCAUGUUGGAAUGGAUCUAAAUAAUCUGCCCUCCCAAGAAUGCUUUCAGCUGCCCCACCCUGGCCCACUCCACCAGCUUCUCUUAAAAAAGGAGGUACUGUAUUUGCAACUGGUCAAUACUGGUUGUUCUAAUCCAAAGGGCCCAGAGCCGGUUUCUUUAGAAGCAGUUGCACCACUGCCUCGUUCAAUGUGGCAGGGACCACCCUCAUUAACCACACUCUGGACCCAACUAAUCAGCCUCCCUCUGCUACAUUCAAUAAUCAUCUGCAAAUUUGAAUAAAGGCAAAAGCAUGUUAGUGGGCUGCUCCAGGUAAAAAUGCGCAGUUAAAAAAUCAUACAGUUCAUAAUUAACGCCAAGGACCGUAAAGAGCUGUCCCCACUGCAGAACAACAGUUUUAGUUCUAUAUAUCCAAACAGAUGUAAUUGCAUAGUUAAUGUUCAGUUCACAUUGGAAAGUUUUCCUUCUCUGGAUUAAAGAUCAUCAUUAACUGUUAAUGGUUUACAAAAAGGUACUGUUACUAUAAUACUAGCUCAGAAGACUUGUGAGGGCUUAUUGUACACAUCUGUCUUUUGUAAUCAUAAUUCUUCUGAGCUAGUAAUAAAUCUGGUUUCAUCUACUGGUUUUAAUAAGCCAUUCUUCUGAGCUGAUAUUCUAGAAAGGGUGUCUGUUUGCAAACCAUAACAGUAAAAUGAUGAUUACUUCAUAGCUUGCUUUGGUUCCCUCAAUCCUGAAUACUUGCCAUACCACAGGCAAAUUUGGAUACCACCCAUGUCACCUUCUGAUCAACAUCAUCUUACAAAAUGGCUGGGGCAGGUUCCACGGGGGGGGGGGGGGAUGCACUGGGACAACCGAUCUCAGUGAUCACGGGUAGGAGGAGCAGUUACGCUAAGGCCAGACCAUGUCAUUACCGAGGAGGCAGGUUUAGUCAUUGUUUGAGGACUAUCCCUGCCUCCGGGUCUGGUCCUGACCGGACGGAUACUAGAAUCAGCAAGGGAUACCCACAUGACCUGAAGGUGCUGCUGUGCAAUGCCAGGCCAAUGAUUCAUAAGACCACUGCCAUCCUUGACCUGGCAUGUGUAACAGAGACUUGGUUGGAUGAAGCAGAUGGGCCUGUCCUUGCCGCUGCUUGUCCACCAGGUUUCUCUUACAGACAGCAACCCAGGCCUUGUGGGUGGGGAGGGCGGGUUGCAGUGAUUUUUAGGAAGUCAUUAGUUUGCACCAGGUAUCCUAUUUGGAAGACCCAGUUCUCGGAGUGCAUGUCCUGUAAGUUGGGCAAUAGGGCAGUACAGGAUUCCUUUUGGUGUACCGACCUCCCCACUGCACCAAGGAUUCCCUGCCCAAGCUGCUUCAGGUCGUGGCGGAUGUUCUCCUGGAGACACCUAGUUUGGUUGUCCUAGGGGAUUUUAACAUCCAUGCCGACACGACCUUACAAGGGGCCGCUCGGGACUUCAUGGAAAGCAUGGCCUCCCUGGGGCUGUCCCUGAAUAAGUCUGGCCCAACCCAUAGCCGGGGACAUGCCUUGGACCUGGUGUUCACCUCUAUGGAUGUUGGUGAUCUGACACUAAGUAAAAGUGAAACGAAAGAAGUGCCAUGGUCAAGAUCACUUCCUGGUGCAACUGGACUUCUCCGAGACCCUUCCCCUCUGCAGAGAGGUAGGACCAAUUCGGAUGGUCCGUCCCCGCUACUUAAUGGAUCCAAAUGUUUUCCAGAGAGUGGUAGGGGAUGCUUUAUCCCAUGCUGAUGGCCUUUCAGCUGAUUCCCUGGUGGCCCGCUAGAAUGUGGAGUUAACCAGGGCUAUUGACUGUUUGGCUCUGAAGCGCCCUCUCCGAUUGCGUGGAGCCUGGACAGCCCCGUGGUUUUCCACGGAUCUGAGGGCAAUGAAACAAUCGCUGAGACAGCUAGAGCACCGGUGGCGGAUAACUCGCUCUGAAGCUGACCGGACACGGGUUAGAGCUCAAUGUUGAGCCUACCAAGUGGCUGUAGCAACGGUGAAGACUUUUUUCAUCGCCUCUAUUGCAUCUGCAGAAACAGCAGCAGGAGGCUUUUUCUUUCUUUUUUAAAAUAAUUUUUAUUAAAUGUUCCAUUUAACAAUCCAAUCAUAUCACAUUAAUUAUUCCAAAUUAUACCAAUACAUAUCAUUAAGUCCAAAUAUUUUGCCAAAUUUUUGUUGGGGGUUUCCAUGCUUCGAGUUCAGUAAGGGUCCAAUCAUCUCAUAUUUCUGCUGCUUUUGGUGUUCACAAGUCCCAUCUUCCUAUCUUCUUGUUAUCGUUUUUCUUUUUAAUCACCUCUGAGUUGUUUCCACAAGUGAGUUGAAGCAAGCAUUAUUAUGUUUCUGUAUGGACUUUGUAAGGCUCUCCCUUUCUUUUCUUUUUAAAGCUGGUAAGUCUUUUAUUUGCAGUAAAUCAUCACACGCUGAUCCCAAAGUCCUGCUCGGGCGGCAGGCGCCAUUUUUGUCAGUUCCGAUGAAAUAAAUUCUAAGCGUCUGCUCAUUAAUUUUCCCAGACCAGUUGCACCAUAAAUCAGUCUUUCCUUUUUUUAAAAAAAAAUAAAUUUUAUUAAAUUUCCAUUUAACAAACCAAUCAUAUCACAUUAAUUCCAAAUUAUACCAAUAUGCAAUAAAUUCCAAAUAUUUAGCCAAAUUUUAAAUUUUUGUUGGGGAUACCCAUGCUUCGAGCUCAGAAAGGGUCCAAUCAUCUCAUAUUUCUGCUGCUUUGAUGUUCACAAGUCCCAUCUUCCCAUCUCUUUGUUGUUAUCCUUUUUCUUCUUAAUAACCUCCGAGUAUUUCCACAGGCAAGUUGAAUCAAACAUUAUUUAUAUUUCUGUGUGAACUUUGUAAUGCUCUCCCAUAAUUCAUCCACGCUAAUUCAAAAGUCCUGUUCCAGCGGCCGGCGCCAUUUUCGACAAUUCCGAUGAAAUACAAUCUACGCGUCUGCUCCUUAAUUUUCCCAGACCAGUUGCACCAUAAAUCAGUAUUUCCAGGGGAUUUGUUCAUUCAAAUCUAUAAUCCACACAUGAAAGCAAAACGUUGGCUCGCCUCCCCCUUUGACUGUAAAUCACGCAACAAAGUCUGUCUCAUAAUGGCGGAUCCCAGUAGUAACUGCGCAACAGGAAUGCCUUUCUCUUUCCAGAUCUUCCAUAAAACAAAGCCUUUAGUUAGUAUUUUUGUUUCCACACAGUUUAUUUCCCAAUCUCACUUGCUAUCAAUCAAUCAUGUGACGGGUCUUCGGGGGGGGGCGUUGUUAGGUAAAACAUAUUGAAAAAGAGAGAAGUCCCCCCGAUUCCGUUCCGUUUCAACAUACCGACAUAGCUGUGAUUCUUUGCUGUAGUCUUCUGUUCAAUCCAUCCCAUCACUCUUCACUUCUCAGAGGUAGAUUUAAUUAGCAGAUAAAACACCCUUCCUUCGCUCGAAACAUGUGCAUUUACUUUUAAUACAAUUAUUUUAUCUUAAGCAAUGCAACUAGGUCGCACUUAGAAGUAGCGUCCGGGAGAUCCAGAAUCUCACUCGAGGGCUUUCCAUCCAGUUCCCUCACCCCUUCCUUUCGAACUCAGGGGUGAUUUAUUGGCAACUGUGAACGAGGCAGUGUCUCCCCAUUCCCUGGGGAGAUCGUGGGAGGCUGAUUUACUCCCAUCGUCAGCCUCUUAAUUACCUCGUGUGAGCCAGAGAGAUGGUAUUGUCGGCCAUCUUCCAAGGCGCCCCUAGCGGCCCCCGAUAAAUAAGCCUUUCCAGGGGAGAUUUUGCCAAAUCAAACUUACAAUCCAAACAUCAAAGCAGUGGCUCGCCUCCCCCUUUGACUGUUAAUCUCGCAACAUAGUCUAUCUCAUAAUGGCGGAUCCCGAUUAAGAACUGCGUCACAGAAGAGCCUUUCAUUUUUCUUUCCAGGUCUUCCGAAAACAAAGCCUUUAGUUAUUAUUUUUAUUUCCACACAGUUUAUUUUCUAAUCUCACUUGCUAUCAGUCAUGUGAUGGUUCUUCUAGGGGAGGGGUUGUUAGGUAAUAUCAUAAUAAAAAGAAGAAGCUUCCCCCCCUUCCGUUCCGUUUCAACAUACCGACAUAGCUGUUAUUCUUUGAUGUUAUCUUCUGUGCAGUCCAUUCCAUCACUCUUAACUCCCAGUGGCAGGCUGAUAAACCCUUUUCUGCGCUCAAAGCAUGUGCAAUUACUUUUAUAUCGAAGAUUUUAUCUUAAGUAAUGCAACUAGCAUCGCUCUCAGAAGCAGCGUCCGGGAGAUCCAAAGUUCACUCGAGGGCUUUCCGUCCAGUGCCCUCACCCCCUCCUUCUUUCGAACUCGGGGGUGAUUUAUGGGCAACCGCGGACAAGGCUGCAUCUUCCCUUCCCCGCGAAGAAUUUCGGGAGGCUGAUUUACUCCCAUAUCAGCUUCUUAAUUACCUCGUGUGAGCUGGAGAGAUGGUAUUGUCGGCCAUCUUCCAAGGCGCCCCUAGCAGGCCCCCAGGAGACUUUUUCUGGUGGUUCGCAAUUUAGCGGAAUCACCUGAUACAUCGGGGCCCAGUACGGGCCUCAUGAUUUCCUGCAUUGAUUUUGCAAAGUUUUUUGCAGAUAAAGUUGCUCAGAUUCGGGAAGAGGUAGACUCCACUGUGGGAGCAGGGCUGGGGUGGGAGAGUGCUAGAGUCCUGUCUAGUCAAGUUGUGUGGGAUCAAUUCCAAUCUGUUACCUCCGAGGAUGUGGACAGGCUGCUUGGACAAGUGAAACCAACCACCUCUCUCCUUGAUCCUUGCCCAUCCUGGCUUAUAAAAGCUAGUUGGGAAGGGCUGGGCGAUGGGCUUUGCGGGGUGGUGAAUGCUUCUCUCUGUGAGGGAGUCUUCCCAGACCUGCUGAAACAGGCGGUUAUCAAACCGCUUCUUAAAAAACCCAUCUUUGAUUAAGAACUGUGCUUCACAAUGAGAACAAAAAUCGCAUGGCGGCAGCAGGAGGCCCCAUUAGCUAAAGUGGUACCUCAGGUUAAGAACAGUUUCAGGUUAAGAACGGACCUCCAGAACAAAUUAAGUUCUUAACCCGAGGUACCACUGUAUUGUAGUCAUGAUGCCAUAACAAGAAAGGCAAGUAGCUCCAGCAGCAUUAUCACAACCCCCUGCUAAUUUUAACAGAUAACACAACACACUGUGCCAAGAGUGGAAUAUCUAGAUCCCCCCCCCCUUGGAAUAUCUCUGAGAUUUGUGGGUAUCUGGAUAGAGAAGAACUGUCUAGAGCAGGCAUGGCCAAACUUGGCCCUCCAGCUGUUUUGGGACUACAACUCCCAUCAUCUCUAGCUAACAGGACCAGUGGUCAGGGAUGAUGGGAAUUGUAGUCCCAAAACAGCUGGACUCCUUGACUCCUUGCCGGGGGACCAGCGGGGAGAGUAGAGGUCCUCUGCUGCCUACGCCCUCCUUGCGCAGAAGGCUUCCGCGCAGAGAGAGUAGGCGGAGACUAGGCGUCAAAGAGCUUCUUUGCUGGAAGAAGUUUAAGAAACGCCCACUGACGGAUUCUGCGAGCGAUUGAGACAGCCACGGGUGAGUGGUUGUCCAGACAGAAAAGGUUCACUCAGGCAAUCCAGCCAGGUGUUUGCACCGGCUUACGCACGAGCAACCCCUAGAACCAUUAUAGACGGUUUUCUGGAAUCUAUGUGGGAGUUGUGUUGCACUUGAAAUCCGCCAUAAUUGGAAGUCAAGAGUGGGCUGCAGAAUUACAAAUAGUCAAAGGGGGAGGUGAGCCUUUAAUAUGUCAUUAUACUUGUGUUUCCAGUUUGAUUUGGUAAAUCUCCUCUGGAACGGCUAAUGUUUGAUGCAACCGGUCUGGGAAAACCGGUUAUAUUUGAUUUUAUUGGAACUGAGUGAAGAUUGUGGCUGCCAGCAGCGAAAAGACUUUCGGAUUGAUUCGGCAGAAACACCAGCGUGCGAGGAGAUGCUGCAAACUUAUAGAGGGGAAUCAUAGACAUAAAAUCCACACAGAAACACAUCAUUGUUUGUUUUAACUCGCUUGCGGGAACAAUUCAGAGGCUGUGAAAGAAUGAAGGUCAACAACAGAAAGAAUUAGAGGAACCAUCGGAUGGCCAACUACCGCCCAGUCUCAAAUCUUCCAUUCUUGGGCAAGCUGAUUGAGCAAGUGGUUGCUGGACAGCUCCAGGCAUGCCUGGAAGAAGCGGACCAUUUGGAUCCCUUCCAGUCGGGAUUCAGGCCUCACCAUGGGACUGAAACUGCCUUGGUCGCACUGGUUGAUGAUCUCUGGCGGGCUAGGGACAAAGGUGAGAGCUGUUUCCAGUUCUGCUGCAUCUCUCAGCGGCUUUUGAAACCAGUGACCAUAACAUCCUUUUGGACCGUCUAGAGGGGCUGGGAGCUGGGGGCACUGUUAUACAGUGGUUCUGCUCCUUCUUCCUGGGCCGUGUUCAGAAAGUUGGGGGGGGGUUGAGUGUUCAGACCCCUGGGCUCUCACUUAUGGGGUGCCUCAGGGUUCUGUCCUCUCCCCCAUGCUUUUCAGCAUCUACAUGCAGCCAUUGGGAGAGAUCAUCAGGGGGUUUGGGCUGGGUGUUCAUCAGUAUGCGGAUGAUACCCAGCUCUACCUCUCUUUCAAAUCUGAACCAGUGAAGGCGGUGAAGGUCCUGUGUGAGUGGAGGCGGUUGGAAGAUGGAUGGCAGCUAACAGAUUGAAGUUGAAUCCUGACAAGACAGAAGUACUGUUUUUGGGGGACAGGAGACGGGUGGGUGUGGAGGACUCCCUGGCCCUAAAUGGGGUAAUUGUGCCCAUGAAGCACCAGGUGCGCAGCCUGGGAGUCAUUCUGGACUCACAUCUGUCCAUGGAGGUGCAGGUCAAUUCUGUGUCCAAGGCAGCUCUUUAUCAGCUCCACCUGGUACGCAGGCUGAGACCCUACCUGCCCACAGACUGUCUCGCCAGAGUGGUGCAUGCUCUAGUUAUCUCUCGCUUGGACUACUGCAAUGCGCUCUACAUGGGGCUACCUUUGAAGGUGAUCUGGAAAUUACAACUAAACCAGAAUGCGGCAGCUAGACUGGUGACUGGGAGCGGCCGCCAAGACCAUAUAACACCGGUCUUGAAAGACCUACACUAGCUCCUAGUACAUUUCCAAGCACAAUUCAAAGUGUUGGUGCUGACCUUUAAAGCCCUAAACAGCCGCGGUCCAGUAUACCUGAAGGAGCGUCUCCACCUCCAUCGUUCUGCCCGGACACUGAGGUCCAGGGCUGAGGGCCUUCUAGCGGUUCCCUUGCUGCGAGAAGCCAAGUUACAGGGAACCAGGCAGAGGGCCUUCUCGGUAGUGGCACCCGCCCUGUGGAACGCCCUCCCACCAGAUGUCAAAGAGAAAAAUAACUACCAAACUUUCAGAAGACAUUUGAAGGCAGCCCUGUUUAGGGAAGCUUUUAAUGUUUAAUUUGUUGUUGUUGUUGUUGUUGUAUUUUAGUGUUUUGUUGGAAGCCGCCCAGAGUGGGAUUCAUUUUAUUAUUAUUAGUAUUAUUAUUAUUAUAUUUUAGAGCUAUCUUUGAGAGAGGAUUCUGUGUUUUCUUUUCUCUUUCUUUCUUUGUUGUUGUUUAGAUUAGUUUCUUCUAUCUUAUUUAUUAUGAAGAAGCUUUGGUAAAAUCUUACGGGAGGUGGUGGAAAUCGAUAUAGAAUCUCAUGAGACCUAAUAGCUUCUCUCUCCAUUUUGGAAAUUGCCUUUAUUCCUACCCUUUCUUCUCUACAACUUUAUAGUUCAAAAGAUUUUUUUUCUAGAUGGAAUGUUCCAGACUUCAUUGGGUCCUUAUUUUUUUCUAUCCUAUUCACCUUCCUAGUAUAAAGUAAAAUCACAUUUUCCUGCUUACAAUUAAGUGUCUGGAGGAAAUGUGUACAUUGCUAAUUGUUGUGAAAAGUAUUGGCCUAAUUUCAAAGGGCAUGUUUUGUGAUAUACCGUAUUUACUCGAAUCUAAUGCUCACCUUUUCUAGCCAAAUUAUGUUGCGAAAAUUAAGGUGUGCAUUAUAUACGGUAUACUAGGCAACUGUGAACUUGGUUGUAAGCAUUGUGACAUCAGAAAAUUUACUACACUACCAAGUACUUACUACACCACUGUCUUACAGAGAACAAUUUCUUCCAACAUAACUACAUGCAAUUCCUGCUUCUGGAAUGUUUAUUCUGGAAUUUCACUUAUCUGAACACACAGAAUUAUACCCAGACCUUUCAUCAUGAAUGGCUGAUUCAGAUAUGAUGGAUGUCAAAACUGUGGUUAAAACAAAUCUUAACUCCUUUGAAAUGUUGGCUUUGCAAGGCAGAAAGCAUGUGCUACUGGAAUGUGACCUGUAUUUUAAAGAACCCCAGUACAGUGGUACCUCGGGUUACAGACGCUUCAGGUUACAGACUCCGCUAACCCAGAAAUAGUACCUCGGGUUAAGAACUUUGCUUCAGGAUGAGAACAAAAAUCGUGCUCCGGCGGCGCAGCAGCAGUGGGACGCUUCAGCUUAAGAACAGUUUCAGGUUAAGUAUGGACCUCCGGAACGAAUUAAGUACUUAACCUGAGGUACCACUGUAGUAUCAUGUAGUUUAAACCCUUUAUAUCUAUCUCAUCACCCAGCUUCCCUUGUUUUCAUACCAGUGCUUGAGACACACCAUGACAGCUAAGUAAUUUUUUGCUUGUUGAAGGCAUCUAAUUUGGAUCAAAGGCACAACCCUACACUAGGAAAGGUGGGGAACAACCCUAUAAAUCAGGAACGGUCAGAACCUGACCUACCGUACAAACUUUGAUUUGUGCAACUGUCCUCCUUUCAACCAUCUGAUACAGCUAUUAAUGAUCAUAUACCAGAACAACAUAGGUUACAAAUAAAAGUAAUCAGUGCAAGAUUACCUCCCUAGAUAAUCUUUCAAAGAUAUUUCAUCAGUGCAAACAAACUUAUUGGGAAUGCUAUUGACAUACUUGCACCAAGUAUGAUGUAGCAAGAGGGAUACCCAGUGUUUGCAUCCACCAGCAAGGAACAAUGCAAAGGCAGUGUUUGAACAGCACCCAAAGGGAACCCUGAGAAGAGGAAAUGUUGGGGAAAUAUCUGUGGCCAAUAUUUAAGAGUUGCUUCUCUUAAGAGUGAAUACAACAUCAUGGCAGAGAUCCGGAAAUUCAUCAGCUCCUUGCCCGAUGCAAGUCUAUUAUGUUUGUGCACAUAUCUUUAAGCCCAUAGGGUUAAAACAGAGGCACCCAAAAAUAAGGAGCAAACACAAGUGAAAUACAAGGAAGGUCAUGCACCAGGCACCAUGUCUUAAACCUCUGGACUCAGCUGAAUCAGAAUAUCAUCAUUGCUACCUAGCACGACUUCAGUCUAGCAAGUUUUCUUUUAACACUCUUUACUCUUGCCACGCAUUUGUCAAAUGCUUUGUCAGAGACAAUAAUCUUUCAAUACUAAAAAUAAUUAUAAUAAUUACUAUGUUCACUACAGUGGUACCUUGGGUUAAGUACUUAAUUUGUUCCAGAGGUCCGUUCUUAACCUGAAACUGUUCCUAACCUGAAGCACCACUUUAGCUAAUGGGGCCUCCCGCUGCUGCCGCGCCGCCGGAGCACGAUUUCUGUUCUCAUCCUGAAGCAAAGUUCUUAACCCAAGGUACUAUUUCUGGGUUAGCGCAGUUUGUAACCUGAAGCGUAUAUAACCUGAAGCGUAUGUAACCUGAGGUACCACUGUAUAUGAAAGCCAAAAGUGGCCCUGUAAACUGAACACUCAUUAAUUAGAAAAUUGAUUAUUACUCUAUCCUUUCCAGAGAGAGGAGAAGCAGCUUGAACUAUCUCUUGAGGCUCUCAUCAGUCAAGUGGCUGACCUGAAGAAUUCCUUAGUCGGUUUCAUUUACAAGCUGGAAAAUGAAUAUGACCGACUUACCUGGUAAGAGGCUUUGAAGAAAGUUGUGUGGCUACUUUUGGUUAUUGGUGGGAGCAGUCAUUGCAGCAUCUAUUUCUUUUUUGAUCUUGGAAAACACACACAUAUAUAUAUAUUAUUAGUUUUCCAUUUAGCGAUAUAUAAUUACAUUAUUAUCUACAUUACCUCUCUGGCUCUCUAGAGCCUAUUGACUUCCUUCCCUCCCACCUCAUGGCUUUCAAAAUUAACCUUUCUAUCAUAGCAUUUUAUACGUUUUUCAAUUCUAAAUACAGUACACUCAUUACAAAAUAUCUCAAAAUUUAAAUAAAUAUAAAAAAGGGGAAAAUUUCUCUUCACAAAUCUUCAGACAGCCCUACUAGUGAUGUUAAUUGCUUACAAUGAUCUUUCACGUAUUGUAUAAAUUUACUCCAGUCUUUUUGGAAUACUUGAUCAUGCUGGUUUUGCAUUUUCCCCAUCAGCUUCGCCAGUUCCGCAAAGUCCAUCAUUUUCAUCUGCUACUCUUCUUUUGUUGGUACUUCUUGUUGUUUCCAUUUUGGGGCUAAAAUAAUUCUUGCUGCUGUUGUUGCAUACAUAAACAGCCUUUUAUCUUCUAUUGGUAUAUCUUCACCCACUAUACCCAAUAAAAAGGCUUCUGUUUUUUUAACAAAAGUAUUUUUAAACAUUUUCUUUAACUCAUAUAUCAUUUCCUAAAAAGCCUUUACCUCUUUACAAGUCCACCACAUAUUGUAAAAGAUACCUUCCUUUUCUUUGCAUUUCCAACACUCAUUAGUUCUUGUCCUAUACAUUUUAGCAAGUUCUGAUGGUGUUAAAUUAUUAUUAUUAUUAUUAUUAUUAUUAUUAUUUAUACCCCGCCCAUCUGGCUGAGUUUCCCCAGCCACUCUGGGUGGCUCCCAAUCGAGUGUUUAAAACAAUACAGCAUUAAAUAUUUAAAACUUUAAAGCUGGUAGACAGCCGCCCUGGACACAGAAUUAACCUGUGAGUCCAAAGCUGUGAGUCCAGAAUGACUCCCAGGCUGCGCACCUGGUCCUUCAGGGGCACAGUUACCCCAUUCAGGACCAGGGAGUCCCCCCCCACCUGCCUGCCCCCUAUCCCCCCAAAAAAGCACUUCUGUCUUAUCAGGGUUCAACCUCAAUCUGUUAGCUGCCAUCCAUCCUCCAACCGCCUCCAGGUACUCACACAGGACAUUCACUGCCUUCACUGGUUCUGAUUUAAAAGAUAGGUAGAGCUGGGUAUUAUCCACAUAUUGAUGAACACCCAACCCAAACCCCCUGAUGAUCUCUCCCAGCGGCUGCAUGUAGAUGUUGAAAAGCAUGGGGGAGAAGACAGAACCCUGAGGCACCCCACAAGUGAGAGCCCAGGGGUCUAAACACUCAUCCCCCAAAACCACUUUUUGGACACAGCCCAGGAGGAAGGAGCGGAACCACUGUAUAAUAGUGCUUCCAGCUCCCAGCCCCUCCAGACAGUCCAGAAGGAUAUUAUGGUCAAUGGUGUCAAAGGCCGCUGAGAGAUCCAGCAGAACUAGGAAACAGCUUUCACCUUUGUCCCUAGCCCACUGGAGAUAAUCGACCAGUGCGACCAAGGCAGUUUCAGUCCCAUGGUGAGGCCUUGGAAGGGAUCCAAAUGGUCCGCAUCCUCCAGGCGUGCUUGGAGUUGUUCAGCAACCACUCGCUCAAUCAGCUUGGCCAAGAACGGUAGAUUUGAGACUGGGCGACAGUUGGCCAUAUUGGCUGGGUUCAAAGAUGUUUUUUUAAGAAGCGGUUUAAUGAUCACCUCUUUCAGUGGGUCUGGGAAGGCUCCCUCGCAGAGGGAAGCUUUCACCAACCCACAGAGCCCAUCGCCCAGCCCUUCCCGGCUCGCUUUUAUUAGCCAGGGUGGGCAAGGAUCAAGGAGACAGGUGGUCAGUUUCACUCGUCCAAGCAGCCUGUCCACAUCCUCGGAGGUAACAGAUUGGAAUUGAUCCCAUGUAACAUGACUAUAUGUACAGGACUCUAGCACUCUCCGGCCCCGGCCCUGCUCCCAUGGUGGAGUCUACCUCCUUCCGAAUCUGAGCGACUUUAUCUGCAAAAAACUUUGCAAAAGCAUUGCAGGAGAUCUUGGGGUCCUUACCAGGCCCCAGUGAUGGUAAAUACCAUCUAUACAUCAUUUUCAUAACAUUUUCUUUAAGUGCAUUGCAUGCAGUAAAGUUAAAACCUUCCUUCCACAACCUUUCCCAAGAUUCUAACUGAAUAUUAUAUCCAAAAUCUUUAGCCCAUUGUAUCAUCACCCCUUUAACCUCUUCAUCUUUAGUAUGCGAUUCCAAUAAUAGUUUAUACAUUUUCGAUAAUAUCUUCCUCUUAUCAGCCAAUAAGUCUAUCUCCAGCCUAGAUCUUAGUGUACUGAAACCGUUUUUCUUUUUAUCCUCCUUAAACACAUCAUUUACCUGAUGAUAUUGCAACCAAUCCAUCAAUAACUCUUUUAUUUCUUCAAAUGUUUUUUAAUUUUAACUGACUUGCUAUCUCUGUCAGUAAAUCUCUAUGCGUGGCUCACUCUCCUUUCAUAUUUAACUUUUUUACCAUUAUUCCUUCUAUUGGAGAGAGCCACCAAGUGGUUUUACAUUCCAAUAAAUUUUUAUAUCUAUUCCACACCUCAUAAAUUGAUUUUCUUAUUGUGUGGUUCAGAAAUCCUUUAUGCACUUUUACUUUGUCAUACCAUAAAUAUGCGUGUCAUCCAUAUCUGUUGUCAUAGCCCUCCAAAUCUAAAAGAUCUGUCUAACAAAAUCCAAUUCCUCAACCAACAUAGACAGGACACUUAACAAUAUAUUCUCAAGUCUGGCAGGGAGAAACCUCUUUCUUUUGUAUCUGUUAGGAUUUUUUAUUUAAUUCUUGGUUGUUUCCCCUGCCAGAUAAAUUUUGAUAAUACUUUUUGCCAUUCUUUGAAGUGCCCCACCCUGAACAAAAUAUUAUUCAUAACAUCCUUUAAGGGUGACAUCAGUUGUUCACACAGUUUUUUGUUGUAUUUCGCAGUGAGUCCAUCCAGUCCUGGCGCUUUACCUAUUUUUAAUUGUUUUAUUGCUGAUUGUACUUCCAUUAUUGUUAUUGGUGUAUUCAAUUGGUCUUUUUUAUUUUUCAGAAUCUUCGGUAAUUUGUUCUGUUUCAAAUAGUUUUCUAUUUUUUUCUAUAUUUUCUUUUCCAGCUUUAUAUAAUUCUCUAUAAAAUCUUAGGAGAUUUUUCCUGAUCUCUUUCGGGUUUUCUAUUAUUUUAUCUUCUAUUUUUAGCUUAUUAAUAGUAUUUUGUCCUUGUUUCCUUUUCAGUUGCCAAGCUAAUAAUUUUCCUGGUUUAUUGGCAAAUUCAGAAUUCCUCUGCCUUAGCAUUUUUAUUUUCCAUUCGACUUCUUGAUUAAUUAAUAUUGAAAAUUGGGUUUGCAGCAUCUUAAUAUUUUGUUUUAUUUGUGUACUUCUUGGUUUCUUGAUUCAUUGCUUUUCAUUUUCAAUUAUAUGCUUUAAUAUGUCCUCCUCCUUUUCUCUUACUCUUUUCUGAAGGCUAUUUUGUUGUAUGAAGAAACCUCUCAUUACCACUUUGCUUGCAUUCCAUACCAUAUCUAUUCUGUCUCUUUAUUCAAAUUCAAUUCAAAAUACUCUUGGUAAAGUCUCUUGUGCCCUUUGCAUAAUCUUCUGAUCAUCUAGUAAUCGUUCAUUCCAUCUCCAUGUAAACUAUGAUUCAUCUCUUCUCUUUAAUUCCAUUACAAUCGGAUUAUGAUCCCACAGUCAUUGCAGCAUCUCUGUUAGCUUUGUCAGUUUGUUGGAGCAUCCCUUGUCAAAUGUGGUAACCCUGUGCAUGCUUACCUGGGAGAAAUCUAAUUGAACCCAAUAGUGCUUGUUUCUGAGUAAUUAUGUGUAUAUCCAGACUGUUAAACAGGUAUGAAGCAGUUUUCUUUCAUCCAGCUUUGCUUGUGGUACGCUGUUGAAGACUGUGUGAAAUCCCUAUAGUUCUGUUUGAUGUGAUAUUUUCCAUAAUUGUAGGAUGAGAGCAAUUACCGUAUUUUUUGCUCCAUAAGACGACUUUUCUUUCUAAAAAGUACGGGGAAAUGUCUGUGCGUCUUAUGGAGCGAAUGCGUGGUCCCUGGAGCCAAAUUGCCCAGGGGCGAAAAGCAGAUCAUGCUUUUUUGUGUGUGAAAGAGGGAAGUGGGUGUUGAAACAAAGCCGCUGAUCAGCAAGCGAUCGGGAGGGAGAUAAGGCUGCUGGUAAAGGAGGCUGCCUGGGAGGGGGGAGGUAAAAGCCCAUGGAUCCUCAGGAUUUUUGCACUGGGUCACCCCAAAUUCACCAUCAGAUCACAUAGCACGUCCAUGGCUACAGCCUGCACCAAAAAAACCAUGCACCCACUGUUGAGUGGGGCCGCAGUGGCGCAAAAACGUGGUUACAAAGCACGGAUCCACAUGGAUCCUCAGGAUUUUUGCAUUGGGCUACCCCAAACUCACCGUCAAAUAACAUGUCUGUGGCCACAGCAUGAACCACAAAAAUCAUACAUCUGCUGUUUCGUUCAGAAUAUUUUUUUCUUGUUUUCCUCCUCUAAAAACUAGGUGCGUCUUAUGGCCAGGUGCGUCUUAUGGAGCGAAAAAUACGGUGCUUUGUUCAGAAUUCAUUAGGAUUUGGCUAAUAUCCUGGAACAAGAAUGCAUUUUCCCCCCUUUUUAAAAAUUCAUUUUUAUUAAGUUUUCCACUUGAACAAUCCAAUCAAAUCACAUUAAAUAUUCCCAAUUAUACAUAUACAUAUCAAAUAGUCUGAAUAUUCUGCCAAAUUAUAUAUUUUUAAUAGGACUUCCCAUGUUUCAAGUUCGGAGGGUUCUGAUCAUCUCAUACUUCUACUGCUUUUCAUAGUCAUUUCCGAUGGUUCCUCUAAUUCUUUCUGUUGUUGACCUUCAUUCUUUCACAGCCUCUGAAUUGUUCCCACAAGCAAGUUAAAACAAACAAUGAUAUGUUUCUGUGUGGAUUUUAUGUCUAUGAUUCCCCUCUAUAAGUUUGCAGCAUUUCCUCGCACACUGGUGUUUCUGCCGAAUCAAUCCGAAAGUCUUUUCGCUGCUGGCAGCCACCAUCUUCACUCAGUUCCAAUAAAAUCAAAUCUAAGCGUCUGCUUUUCCCAGACCGGUUGCAUCAAACAUUAGCCUUUCCAGGGGAGAUUUACCAAAUCAAACUGGAAACACAAGUAUAAUGACAUAUUAAAGGCUCACCUCCCCCUUUGACUAUUUGUAAUUCUGCAGCCCAGUCUUGACUUCCAAUUAUGGCGGAUUUCAAGUGCAACACAACUCCCACAUAGAUUCCAGGAAACCGUCUGUAAUGGUUCUAGGGGUUGCUCGUGCGUAAGCCGGUGCAAACACCUGGCUGGAUUGCCUGAGUGAACCUUUUCUGUCCGGACAGCCACUCACCCGUGGCUGUCUCAAUCGCUGGCAGAAUCCGUCAGUGGGCGUUUCUUAAACUUCUUCCAGCAAAGAAGCUCUUUGACGCCUAGUCUCUGCCUAAUCUCUCUGCGCGGAAGCCUUCUGCGCAAGGAGGGCGUAGGCAGCGGAGGACCUCUACUCUCCCCGCUGGUCCCCGGCAAGGAGUCAUGGGACCGCCUCACCGCUUCCCCCAUCUGCCCCCCUUCUCCACUGGUGCUACGCUGAUUCUCUUCCCCAGAAGAUGGGCUGCCUCUCCCAAUCCCGGGACGCUCUCCGGAAUCCCUCUGGAUUUUGCUCUCUCCCUCCGGCACUGAUGGCAGUUCCCUGACACCGUCCAAGUUUUUUUAAUGUCUCUCCAGCGGCUAAUGAGAUUCUGCUUCUGCCUGAUGUCCACACAUUGGAGAAUCUUUUAUCCUCUUCCAAACAAGUCAAUUAUAUAGUAUUAUUAUUUCCACGUGCUCUGGUCCAUGGGGUCACGAAGAGUCGGACAUGACUAAAAGACUAAACAACAACAAUUAUUUCCAUACAGUUUAUUUUUAAAGCCAUAUUAUAUCAACAAAUACAAAACUUUCCAAUCUUGCUUGUUAUAGUUAAUGUAAAUGGUUCUUCUGGGGCUUUUUUUGCCAAAUAAUAUAAUAAAGCAAAAUACAGUAAUAAGAGAGGCUCCCCCCCUUUUUGUUCCAUUCCAACAUACCAACUUAAAUGUUAGUCCUUCUUCCACUCAGUCUUUUUUGGCACCUCAGUGGCUGGGUUAAUUAGCAGAGUAAUUCCUCCCUCCUCACUCGAAGCAUGUCCAAAACUUAAAUCCAGUUUUUCAUCGGUCCAAGUUUUUUCAACAUCUCUCCAGCAGCUAAUGAGAUUCUGCUUCUGCCUGAUGUCCACACAUUGGAGAAUCUUUUAUCCUCUUCCAAGCAAGUCAAAGAUCGAAAGCCUUAAUUAUAUAGUAUUAUUAUUUCCACACAGUUUAUAUUUUUAGAGCCAUAUUAUAUCAACAAAUACAAAACUUUCCAGUCUUGCUUGUUAUAGUUAAUGUAAAUGGUUCUUCUGGGUUUUUUUUUUUGCCAAAUAAUAUAAUAAAGCAAAAUACAGUAAUAAGAGAGGCUCCCCCCCCCUUUUUGUUCCAUUCCAACAUACCAACUUAAAUGUUAGUCCUUCUUCCACUCAAGUCUUUUUUGGCACCUCAGUGGCUGGGUUAAUUAGCAGAGUAAUUCCUCCCUCCUCACUCGAAGCAUGUCCAAAACUUAAAUCCAAUUUUUCAUCUUAAGAAAUGGAACUUGAUUCGCUCACAGAGACAGCAUCCAGGAGAGCCAGACUUUCUUGGGGGCUUUCUAUCCAGUGCUCCCAGCCCCUCCUUCCUUCCGAAUUUGGGGCUAGUUUGUUGGGCAUCCGCGGAUGAGACUGUGUCUUCCCGUACCCCUGGGAAGAUUUUGGGAGGCUGAUUACUCCUAUCUCAGCCUCUAAUUACCCCAUGAGAGCCGGAGCGAUGGAAUUUUCAGUCAUCUUCCAUGGCGCCUCAAGCGGAAGUCCGAACAAGAAGGCAUUUCAAGUCUCCCAUCUUGUCAUGGGGCAGAAACCCUCUAGACCAGGCAUGGCCAAACGUGGCCCUCCAGCUGUUUUGGGACUACAAUUCCCAUCAUCCCUGACCACUGGUCCUGUUAGCUAGGGAUGAUGGGAGUUGUAGUCCCAAAACAGCUGGAGGGCCAAGUUUGGCCAUGCCUGCUCUAGACAGUUCUUCUGUACCCAGAUACCCACAAAUCUCAGAGAUAUUCCAAGGGGGGGGGGGGAAUCUAGAUAUUCCACUCUUGGCACAGUGUGUUGUGUUAUCUGUUAAAAUUAGCAGGGGGUUGUGAUAAUGCUGCUGGAGCUACUUGCCUUUCUUGUUAUGGCAUCAUGACUACAAUACAGUGGUACCUCGGGUUAAGAACUUAAUUUGUUCUGGAGGUCCGUUUUUAACCUGAAACUGUUCUUAACCUGAGGUACCACUUUAGCUAAUGGGGCCUCCCGCUGCCGCCAUGCGAUUUUUGUUCUCAUUGUGAAGCACAGUUCUUAACCCGAGGUACUAUUUCUGGGUUAGUACCUGGGUGUAACCUGAAGCGUCUGUAACCCGAGGUACCACUGUACAGCCAGUAUGAUAUAGUGGUCAGAGUGUUGGACUAAGACCUGGGAGACUGGGGUUCUAGUCCCAAAUCAGCCAUGAAGCUCACUAAACUACCUUGCAGAUUUAUUGUGAAGACAAAAUGGGGCAGGGGGUGGGAACCAUGAAUGCCACUUCGAGCUCCUUGGAAAAAAGCGGGAUAUAAAUGUAAUAAAAUAAUUCAACAGUGAAGAUUUGAACUUCCCACAGCCAGAGGUAGGGAUGCUCUAUAUGUGUGCCUCAUGUCCUUUUCAUUUUCCCAUCUCUGCCUCAGGCCCUCAGUGUUAGACAGCUUCGCUCUGCUCUCAGGUCAGCUGAAUACCCUGAAUAAAGUCCUAAAACAUGAGAAGACUCCACUGCUGCGCAAUCAGGUCAUAAUUCCACUAGUGCUGUCUCCAGAUCGUGAUGAGGAGAUCAUGGUAAGGAUUUGGCUGAUUAUUACAAUCUAUUUUAUAGCUACAAGUCAUUUCUUGGCUCCAGUGCUGGUGAAAAAGUUGAGUGACAGGUUGGUUAAAUGAGAAUAGUAGCACCUUCAAUACUUAAGUAUUAUAAAUGGCAGAGCACAUAAUGGAUUGGACUAGAUUGCUCACGUUCCAGUUUUUUAUUUGGGGGAGUUUUAAAAAUGGCAUCUCCUACCUGUAGGCUGAAGUGGUACACUUCAUUACAUCACUUCACUUUGCUGCAAAUGUUGACUAAGCCAGAAACCAAUGAGAAAAGAGGAUCUUUAGGAAAGCAAGGAUGUAACAAAUUGAGCCUCAGUUCCUUCAUGCUCUAUUCUAUGUUGGCCUCUAUCUCCUCCCUUUGCUGAUUUCUGCCUCAUACCUUGCCAACCUUGCUACUGGAAGAAUCUUUUAGCUAGGACUUUGUGUAUACUGUACACCAAACACGAGGGUGUCGUGCCUCUGCAGUCUGGAAAGGAAGUAUGUCACAUCUUAGCUUAUGGGGCAACUAAAUUGCCACAAUGGGACAUUUGCUCUUCUCCUCACCCAUGCUGCCUGCAGAACCGGUGAGGGUGGGAGGAAAAAGGGAGGACCUUCUGUUACGCAAGGAGAAACACUUGUGCUGACAGAACAUUAUCCUUAGCUCUACAUUGAUUACAACUCCUGGAUUCCAGAGGCUUGAGUUUGACAUUCCUAGGCAUGUCUUAAACAAUGUUGCUCAAUCAGUUCUCCACAAACUAGUGUUACGCAGCGCGUGUCUUCAGAUAAACAUGAAGAACAGAGUUUGAAGUUUCUCACAGAAUACACAUUCAUUUUAUUUUUGCCCUGCUUUUCAGAAAAUAUUGCCACCAAAACGGUACAAAUCCACAGAGCAAUAAAAUUAUACCCUUUAUAUUUUAGACGUGGCAGUCUGUUCUGGCUCCUGUUAGCUGGUGAUACAGUCCCAAUUUUAGACUCUUCCUUCAUAGAUAGUCAGAAGGAGCUACAAAGGUACUCAGCUGCUAGCUGAUGGUAAAGAUGCCAACACAGAGAAGUAACUGUUUCUGCUCACCUUCAUUGCUUAAACUUUUUAUGCAUUGGUAAUUAAUUGCUCCUUGGGACGCGGGUGGCGCUGUGGGUAAAACCUCAGCGCCUAGGACUUGCCGAUCGCAUGGUCGGCGGUUCGAAUCCCCGCGGCGGGGUGCGCUCCCGUCGUUCGGUCCCAGCGCCUGCCAACCUAGCAGUUCGAAAGCACCCCCGGGUGCAAGUAGAUAAAUAGGGACCGCUUACCAGCGGGAAGGUAAACGGCGUUCUGUGUGCUGCGCUGGCUCACCAGAUGCAGCUUGUCAUGCUGGCCACGUGACCCGGAAGUGUCUGCGGACAACGUUGGCUCCCGGCCUAUAGAGUGAGAUGAGUGCACAACCCUAGAGUCUGGCAAGACUGGCCCGUACGGGCAGGGGUACCUUUACCUUUUAAUUUAAUUGCUAGAAUCCUGCUGGCGGGUAUCCUGGGCCUAAAUUCCCAGGAACAACUGGGUCUCUGUAACCUACAUCAGGUCUGUAGGGCCAACUUCGUAUUCUGUAGCUUUGCGGCAAAGUAUGACUUUGAUCACUGAUGGUCUGGAUGUUCCAGCGGCAGACAGAAGGCCGAGUGCCAGUGUUCAGCCAUGAGGUUGUGCCUGAUCACCUGAGAACCAAGCCUGAUCCUGAAGUAGAGGAGCAAGAGAAGCAGCUGAGCACAGACGCAGCUCGCAUUGGUACCGAUGCGGCACUGGUAAGGGUUUCAGCUGCUUAAGUAUACUCAACUCCUAGGUUUUUGUUGUUAAAUAUCUCUUGCUGAAUAUUUAUAUGUAGGAAUCCUGUGGUCUUUUGCAUCUCUCUCUACCACCAUGUUCUCACAUUUAAUAUUCUGCAUCAGAGUUGCAAGUGACCCCAAAAGUUCACUUACUGGAACCCCCUACAGUGCAGGACUCACAGCUUAAAGAAGCCGUGACAGAUGGCAAUCCAACCUCUGUUAUAAUGAAGGAGAGACCACCACUUUCUGAGGUAGUCUUUUCCAUGGCUUAACAGCUCUAUCAGAAAGUUCUUCCUAAUUUUUUGUCAGAAUCUCCUUUCUUGUAACUUGAACCUAUUGGAUGCAGUAUUUCAGGUGGGGGUCUCAGCAGGGCAGAACAGAGUGAUAUUAUUACUUCCCUUGAUCUGAACACUAUACUUUUGUUGGUGCAGCCUAGAAUUGCAUUGGUUGGGGGUUUUUUUGUUUUGUUUUUUGCUACUGCAUCAAACUGUUAACUCAUGUUGAGCUUGUAGUCUACUAAGACCCCUAGAUCCUUUUCACAUGUGCUGCUGUCAAGUCUGUUGUCCCCCAUCCUAUAUUUGUGUGUCUGAUUAUUCCUGCCUAAGUGCAGAGCCUUACAUUUGUCCCUACUGAAAUUCAUUUUGUUAGUUUUCUAUUGUAAAUGGCCCUGUGAUUCUUGGAGGAAGGAUGGUAUAGGAAUAGCAGCAGCAGCAGUAACAGUAGGAGUUGUUUGGGCUCAGUUCUCCAAUCCAUUAAGGUCUUCUUAAAUCCUGAUUCUGUCUUCUGAAGUAUUAGCUAUCCUUCCCAGUUUGAUGUCUUCUGCAAAUUUGAUUAGCAGACCCUCAAUUCCUUCAUCCAAGUCACUUAUAAAGAUGUUGACAACACUGGGCUCAGGACAGAAUCCUGCAGCACCUCACUGGUCAGUCCCCAUCCCCCCCGGAAAAUGAACAAUUAGUGAGCACUCUUUGGGUUUGGUCAAUCAACCAGCUACAAAUCCACCUAGCAAUAACAUCAUCUAGGCCACAUUUUACCAGCUUCUCCACCAGAAUAUAACGGGAGGUUUUGUUGAAAGUCAAAAUUCUGCGGAUUUUAUCUAUAUUUUUGAUAAUUUUAUUAAGUGCACCUUUAAAAGUUGGUUUUAUUAAUAAUUUUAAUAAAUCUUUUAUACCAUUUUAUGUAAAAUACACAAAUAGGUUUUUUAUUGAGCAGUCUAUUAAAGGUUGUAAUUUUUUUUUUAAGGCAACACAAAUUCCUUAACAUGUUUUACUGUGCAAAUCUUAUCAUUACAGAAACAGAUCCAAAGCUUAAACAAAAUGUGCUCGAACUUAUUGGAGAAAAUCAACAAAGAAGACCGAGAGUCUGAGAGUGGAGGUAUGGCACUGGAGAAGCAGGAGGGACAGCAGAGGUGUUAGAGGGGGUUCACAGUCCAGUAGCCCUAGAAACAGAAAUAGUAGAAUAACAGCAGCCAAGAUUAGCAUAAUGGUAUUAAGACUGUGCUCUAUAAAUUUUCCUUCGUUGUGCAGGCUUACGGCAGAACAAGCAGACAUUCAACCCUGCUGAUACCAAUGCACUUGUUGCAGCUGUGGCCUUUGGAAAGGGUCUGUCAAACAGACGCCCACCCGGUGUAUCAGGGCCUGUACAGUCCGGUCAGCCAGGUGCCAACCCCAUCAUAGCAGGUGCUUCUGCUAUGCAGCAGGUACAAAUGUCUGGAGCAUCAAGCCAGCCACAGUCCAUGCUUGGAGGAGUGCAGAUGACACAAGCAGGACAGCCAGGUAAAUAAAAGCAUUCAGUCAUAUUGGAGUGUCUCAAAUGCAAAAGGAGAGGAAGUGGAAUGUACGGGUGUAGCGAAUGGGGAGCUAUGCUGAGACAAGAGGAAUUGGUGCCUGGGGGAAUUUAAAUGCAUAUACAGUGGUACCUCAGGUUAAGUACUUAAUUCAUUCCAGAGGUCCGUUCAUAUUUUUUUAAAAUAAAUUUUAUUAAAUUUUCCAUUUAACAAUCCAAUCAUAUCACAUUAAUUAUUCCAAAUUAUACCAAUACAUAUCAUUAAGUCCAAAUAUUUGGCCAAAUUUUAAAUUUUUGUUGGGGGUUUCCAUGCUUCAAGUUCAAAGGGUCCAGUCAUCUCAUAUUUCUGCUGCUUUCGGUGUUCACAAGUCCCAUCUUCCGAUCUUCUUGUUGUUAUCGUUUUUCUUUUUAAUCACUUCUGAGUUGUUUCCACAAGCGAGUUGAAGCAAGCAUCAUUAUGUUUCUGUGUGAACUUUGUAAGGCUCUCCCUUUCUUUUCUUUUUAAAGCUGGUAAGUCUUUUAUUUGCAGUAAAUCAUCACAUGCUGAUCCCAAAGUCCUGCUCGGGCGGCAGGCGCCAUUUUUGUCAGUUCCGAUGAAAUAAAUUCUAAGCGUCUGCUCAUUAAUUUUCCCAGACCAGUUGCACCAUAAAUCAGUCUUUCCAGGGGAGAAAUCAAACUUACAAUCCAAAUAUCAAAGCAGUGGCUCGCCUCCCCCUUUGACUGUUAAUCUCGCAACAUAGUCUAUCUCAUAAUGGCAGAUCCCGAUUAAGAACUGUGUCACAGGAGAGCCUUUCAUUUUUCUUUCCAGAUCUUCUGAAAAACAAAGCUUAGUAAUAACCUUUAGUUAUUAUUUUUAUUUCCACACAGUUUAUUUUCUAAUCUCACUUGCUGUCAGUCGUGUGACGGUUCUUCUAGGGGAGGGGUUGUUAGGUAAUAUCAUAAUAAAAAGAAGAAGCUUCCCCCCCCCUUCCGUUCCAUUUCAACAUACCGACAUAGCUGUUAUUCUUUGAUGUUAUCUUCUGUGCAGUCCAUUCCAUCACUCUUAACUCUCAGUGGCAGGCUUAAUUAGCAGCUGAUAAACCCUUUUCUGCGCUCAAAGCAUGUGCAAUUACUUUUAUAUCGAAGAUUUUAUCUUAAGUAAUGCAACUAGCAUCGCUCUCAGAAGCAGCGUCCGGGAGAUCCAAAGUUCACUCGAGGGCUUUCCGUCCAGUGCCCUCACCCCCUCCUUCUUUCGAACUCGGGGGUGAUUUAUGGGCAACCGCGGACGAGGCUGCAUCUUCCCUUCCCCGGGAAGAAUUUCGGGAGGUUGAUUUACUCCCAUAUCAGCCUCUUAAUUACCUCGUGUGAGCUGGAGAGAUAGUAUUGUCGGCCAUCUUCCAAGGCGCCCCAGUGGCCCCUCUCCCUAGCGGCCCCACAUUCUUAACCUGAAACUGUUCUUAACCUGAAGCACCACUUUAGCUAAUGGGGCCUCCUGCUGCUUUGAAUCCUUUCAUUUUGUCCAAUUCUGCAUAGUCCAUUAUUUUCGUCUGCCAUUCUUCUUUCGUCAGAAUUUCUUCUUGUUUCCAUUUCUGGGCUAACAAUACUCUUGCCACAGUUGUUGCAUAUAAAAACAAUUUAACAUCUUGCCUAUUAAUGUCCUGACGUAUAAUACCAAGUAAAAAUGCUUCUGGUUUUUUAAAAAAUGUAUAUUUCAACAUCUUUUUCAUCUCAUUAUAUAUCAUUUCCCAGAAGUUCUUUACUUUUUUACAUUCCCACCACAUAUGAUAAAAUGUUCCUUCUUUUUCUUUACAUUUCCAACAUUUAUUAUUUGUCUUGUACAUUUUAGCUAAUUUCCCUAGUGUAAUAUACCAUCUAUACAUCAUUUUCAUCAUAUUCUCUUUCAAAGCAUUCCAGGCUAUAAAUUUUAUCCUUUCAUUCCACAACCUUUCCCAUUCUUCAAGCUGUAUAUUAUAUCCAAAGUCUUUUGCCCAAUAUAUCAUCUUUCAAAUGCCAUCCCAACAGUAUUUUAUACAUUUUAGAUAUUAUUUUACAUUCAUUAUUUAAUAUUUCUAUUUCAAAUUUUGAUUUUUUUUAUCAUCAAAUCCUUUCUCUUUAAAAUCUUGUUUAUACAUUUCAUUGACUUGGCAAUAGUGCAACCAAUCAUUCACAUAGUCUCUAACCUCCUCAUAAGGUUUCAUUUUCCAUUUAUUUCCAUUUCCCCCCAACAGUUUCUCAUAGGUAACCCAGUUUUUACUCAUAUUUAUCUUUUUCACACUCAUUGCUUCCAAUGGAGAUAACCACCACGGUGUUUUACGUUCUGAUAAAUUUUUAUACCUAUCCUAUACUUCAUAUAAAGAUCUUCGAAAUAUAUGAUUACCAAAUCCUUUAUGGAUUUUUGUUUUGUUAUAGCAUAAAUAUGCAUGCCAACCAAAUCUAUUAUCAUAACCUUCUAAAUCCAACAAAUCUGUAUUUUUUUUAGCAACAUCCAUUCCUUUAACCAACAGAGGCAAACCACCCCAUAAUACAACUGGGACAGCCCAUAAUAUCUUGUGCUGUAUUCACCACCCUCUGUAGACACUUCCUAUCAGUUGAUGUCAAACCAGCGUACCACACCGUGAUGCAGUGUGAAAGGACACUUUCUAUUGUUGACCGGUAGAAGGAGAUCAUAACAAAUGUUGAUUGACAUCGUUCUUUCGCAUUACUCUGAGGAGAUGGAAUCUCUGUUGGGCUUUCUUAACCACCUGGGUUGUAUUUAUUUUCCAAGUAAGGUCUUCACUGAGAUAAACUCCUAGGAAUUUAAAGGAAGAGACUCUCUCCACACAGCCCUCCCCGAUGUACAGCGGGGCUAGUUCUCCUCUCUUCCUCUGAAAGUCCAACACCAUCUCCUUUGUUUUGCUGAUAUUAAGGUGCAAGUUGGUCCCUAGGCACCAUGUAGAUAUUUUUUGGACCUCCCCUCUAUACGCUGAUUCGUCUCCAGCUGUUAUUAAACCCAUUAUGGUGGUGUCAUCUGCAAACUUAAUAACUGCAUUAGACGGGUCAGAUGAUAUACAAUUGUAUGUAUACAAUGAAUACAGGUAGGGACUUAGCACACAUCCCUGUAGUGUGCCCGUGCUGAUUUUUAAGGAAUUAGAUGUUACAUGUCCAAUCCUCACUGUUUGUGUCCGAUCUAGCAAAAAGUAUUUAAUCCAGUCACAGAUGGUACGAGAAAGGUUCAUGUCAGCCAGCUUUUUAAUGAGGAUGUCCAGAAGGAUUACAUUACACACACUCUGGGGGUGGGGAUGAAGGGGCAGGUAUGAUAACCUAUAUACAUAUGAUUAUUUUCAAAGAAUUGAGCUCUUAAAUGGAGCAUGCUGUUGCAGAGGAAUUUUGCAUUGUGCAAGGCUACCAUUUGGUUACUAUACCAGUUCCCACUGCAUUCCAGUUGCUAGGGAACAGCAGCAGGAGAAGACUGUUGAGCUUAUUUUCUCCUUUGGGCUUCUCAAGAAAUAGAUGUUUGGCCACUUUGGGAAACAGGAUGCUGGACUAGAUCAGCCUUUGGUCUGAUCCAGCAAGGCUCUUCUUAUGUUUUUAUCGAUCAAAACAAAAUUUUCACACGGUGAAUAUGGGGAGGGAAUGCAGAAGUGGAAAAAAUUAAACAGUGAGAGAGGCUAUACCUCACCUAGAAAGUGUGUGCAAAGAAGAUUCUGACAUGAACCCCAGGGAAGAAGUGGGGGAAAUGUUCCCACUUAUAUGUUCAUCACUCCUAAAAUGUAGACUGUUCUAACACAUUGCUAAGCCCAGCUGCUUUCCUCUCUCCAGGUAAAAUGCCCAGCGGCAUAAAAACCAAUAUCAAAUCAGCUUCAAUGCAUCCCUACCAAAGGUGAGUAGGAAAUAUUCUGGCAUGUUGCUGCUUCUGGACAUCCUUUCAGACUUCAGCUCACUCUCAACAGCAAGAUUACUGACUAAAGUUCUGUCUCCUGAGAUAAUUACCUUCUCAUUGAGAUAAUUUAUUUACAUGGCUGCAUUUAUCACUUGGGACUCAGAAGUGGUCAGUGUGUUCAUACAGAAUGGCAUAGGCAUUCCUUUGGGAAGAACACAUCUGUUGAUGAGCCAGACCAGGAUGAGGAGCAGAUCUUGACUCUUUUCUACAAAUGUAAAUAUGAAGCCUGAUUGUCUUGGAGUGUGCUUUUGUGAUUAGAACUGGAUGGUGGAGGAGGAGUAGACAUGCAAGAUGUACUCUUUAUGGUUUUUUGUUUAAUAAAGAUCAGAUGUUCUGCUUUGUGUAUUCAUUUA